AGCAGUUGUUGUGCUGGUAGUCAGUCCGAGUUAUCGGACCUAAGGGAGUUCGGGGGAUCAAUCUCUGAUCAGAAUUAUCAUCGCAAAUCGUUGCUAAGUAGAUCUUUCUUGUAGUUGAGGUACCUAUUGUCAUUACACAGCUUCUCGCCACUUAUCUAUCAUGCCUGCUCUGGUCAUUCAAGAAAUAUUAUCAGUGAAAUGAUGCACCAAAAAUUGUUGAGGUGACAUACAAUUACAAACACUUGAUACAACUUAUCACGAUGCUUGUAGGUUCCUCGUAGUCCCAUAUUGAUAUUUCCAACUCGUCUAGUUGUGGUGAAAGUAUUUGUUAUCUAUCUGAUCUCUUAUAUGUUCUACCAUCUUUUAUUUUAUUUGAUUCUUUUUUUCGCUAUCUAACUACACGCAGCAAGAUAGGUAGAAGCAACACCGUAGUGGAUUCUAUAUUGUUGUGAAUUAAAAGAUGAUCCACAUAUUCAAGGAUCAAGAGUGAUACCUUCUGCACUCGAAGACUAGAGAAGACCUGUUAUGAGUUGUUGAGAUUUCUGAAUUAGAGUUUUCAUGUUUCUCGCUGUUUUCAUGAUUCUUGAACAGUAUUAACUUCUAAGUGCAUACAUACUGCCCACGCACAAAUAAAGUUCUCCUACAUUCAUUUUCUAGGCAAGUGUCCAGCAGGUGAGUUGAGAGUGCGCGUCUAGGGAGAUUCUACUCUUGCACGACGUGUACUAGUUGUCGUCUUUGUUCAGAUACCUUAGAGACGAGUGACGAAGACUACACCUGUUCCGCAGAGAAACGCGCAGUGAUACGCGAUCGUGUGGACAAAACCUGCACAGCAUUCUUCUUCAUCUACAACGCUACUUAUCAUCCACAACGCUACUACUCCGUUUCUUCUUCAUCUACAACCACUGGACCCAUAUCAUUAUAAGUACUGCAGGACGAAAAGAUUCGUCGAAUGGUGUUGCAAUAGAUGCGUCCCUGAGUCACUGGAAUCUUCUAACACUCCAAGACUUUUAGCUUCUACUACUUCUGAAGUACUCGCUCGAGCAGGACGAGCAAGACAAAACAAGUUUUGACAGAAGGAAAUUUCCGCGUUCACGCACGUGAGCAGGAGGAGGCCGUCUACAGUGUAACAACUUUAAGAUCUGCAACAAGUAGAAGAGGACUCUUCGAUACGAGGUAGAAGAGAUCACCGCAGCGAAGAUGCCGGAGCCAGACGUGAACUCAGACGACUACUACAAGGUCCUUGGUCUCGAGAGAGGGGCCAAUGAGAAGGACAUAGCGAAAGCGUACAAGAAAGCCGCACUGCGGUGGCAUCCAGACAAGAAUCCCACGGACAAAGAGAAGGCAGAGGAGAACUUCAAGAAAGUAACAGAAGCGUACGAGGUGUUGAACGACAAGGAAAAGCGGGAUGUGUAUGAUCGAUUCGGCAAGCAGGGUCUGCAGGGCGGCGGCGGCGGCCCCGGACCCGGCGGACCAGGAGGCAUGCACUUCACCACGGGCGGCGGUAUGUCCUUUCAGAACGCGGAGAGCAUCUUCCGACAGUUCUUCGGCAACAUGGACGACAAUCCAUUCGACGAUAUGGACGGUUUCGGAGGGCCACCCGGCUUCGGUCCGCGCGGAUUUGGACGAACCGGAGGCAGCUUCGGGGGCGGCAUGUUCGGCGGCGGUCCCGGAGUCAACAUACGUUAAGGCUUACUUCUUAUCCUCAUCUUAAGGAGCAUCUUUGCUGUAUUUUUGGAGGGAAAACUUUGUGAAAGAUGCGCUUGAAGAUGAAAAUGAAUACAGGCGAGGUCUAAAUACGGAUGGGCGGCAUGCCCGGCGGCAUGAACGGAAUGCCAGGCGGCCCACACAUGGGCGGCGGCAUGAGCGGCAGUAGCCGAGGCGGCGGCAAGGGCGCACGGCCGCACGGCGGUCCUUCGGAGAUACCGCCAGGCCAGAAGGUCACAGUAGUGAACGUAAGAUCACAGCCGCAACACAACGAUCAGCAGGGCACGGUGCGGGAGUACGACAAAGAGAAAGCGCGCUACAUCAUCGAGCUGCAGACUGGAACGACGCUUUCGCUGAAAGCAGAAAACCUCUCGCUUGAGGUAGAUGGAUGUGUGAUCAAGGGACUGCAGAGCAAAGCGGAGCUGAACAACCAAAAGGGCAAAGUCCUCAAAUACGAUGCAGAGAAGGACCGGUACACCGUACAAAUUUUCUCAUCGAACCAAGUGAUCGCGGUACCCGUCCACAAUGUGGUGCUGCCCAAGGGCACACCGGUGCAAAUUGUAAAUCUCACUGGGGCGAGUCAAUACAAUACCAAAUGGGGAACCGUGGUCGAGUAUGAGCCACAAGAGGAAAGGUAUACAGUGCAGCUUACGAAAGACAGAAGUCUCAAAAUAAAGCGGGGUAAUUGUAGAUGCGCUGGAUAGAGCCAGCCACCGCGCAAUAUAGAGGGGAAUUUAGUUGUAUCAUAACAACUGACUGUAGUACCAUUGCAGAAGUCCUCACUGGGACUGGUGUUAUUUUACAAUAUAUCGGAAGUACCACAACGAACGGCCAUCGUGUAUCUUCAACAUGUUGUUUUUUCUUUUCAUCACGACGCUCACCACAACGUAAAUUUGAUUUUAUAAACUUAAUAGGUGCAAGAUUGGACAAGAAGCAAGUUAGGUGAGUUUUUUAUUUGAUUUAGUUACCGCCUCGAAUGAAAAUUUGAAUUGCACUCGUCGAGCUGUAACAGGGAGGAGAGUUAAAAACCGGUUGUCGGUCAGCCGCCUCGAGGUCAGCUUUAUACUUAUAAAGUAGUUUAUGGAAAUUGAAGAUGACGAAGAGCAUUGAAUAUCGGAGCGGCAAACUUGCUUGUUGUCAGGAGUUAUUCGAUGCACGCUUCGCUUAUGAUUCCAUGUAGUCCCCGACUAUGAAGAUGUUAGAUUAUCCCGUCACGCAAACCAUCCUUCAAAGACAAAAACACGUUGGACUUACAUGAUAAACUUUUCCGAUGCUUCGUCCUUGCCCAUCGUCUCUAGCGCUGAUUGGCAGAAUAGAAGUUGAAGCAUCACUUAAUAAGAACUCUUCUUGCGCUUUCUUGAUGUUUGGCUAGUAGAGUAACCAUGAGGGCGUGCCGAUUUAGGUUUCGGCGUAUUGAUUUGCUAGCAGCUAAUUUAUUCCUUUGGAUGAUUGUUCAUCUAAUUUGAGAAGUCACUUGUUUCUUGUGAUGAUAGACUCAACAUGGCACAAGAAAGAUCGGGUACGAGGACAUGCCCAAAUAAGGAGGCUUCUUGUUGUAGACCGCCAGGAAGAUCAAUUAGGUCUGCUUGUCGUGACACACCAAUAACGGCGGCUUUAUUCAUCUUUCUGUUUGAUUUAUCUACUUACAUGAUAAUCCUAGUCGGCAUGACUAUUUGAAUAAGCUCCUAGUCUUCCUUUUCAUCGUCCUGAUGUACUAAUAAAAGUAUAAAAAAAUGUUUUUAUAUACUUUUUUGAUCGAUCAUAAUAUAUAUUGAUGAUGAUGAUCGCGCCAUUAUUCACCGCAAUAUUCCGCGGAUUGCACAGCGAUUGGAUGCCCUAGGAGAGACAGAGGCGCGUCUGCUUAGCAGGGGUUUGAUUGUUGGACUAAUUGAAUAGCCCACGUCGCACAGUAAGAAUUUCACCUACUUCUAGGAAGUGAAAGUUGUGUAACUAGACAGACACAGUGAUAUGAUUUAUCGGCAUCCAUUCUCGUUGAGCAUCGGUUCGGAAUAGGUAUGUACUUAUCAACAUAUUUAUCAACUGAUUGUUGCCAACAGCUGAUGAUUGCCACUUGUGAAAGCCUUCCUAACGAGGAUAAAUGUAGCUUAACAAGGAAGAGCAAAAAUUAUUAUAGUCGAUCCUAAUCCUACUUCGUCUCUGGCCCUGGACAACUCCAAAGAAGUUGCUUAUACUUAUAUCAAAUUACUUCAUAGUACAACUACAACAACACGGGCGGGCCACAUCUCGAGUAGCAAGGAGAACAUCAUCUUAUGAAUAACUUUCAGCGUCUGCUUGCUUCUAUCUUUCUUAUUUUGAUUUCACUACUCCCAUCGAUGAUGAGACUUCCGAUUUAGUCAAGUAAAUAACAUACCACCCGCCGCCCUUCCGUUCCCUGUGGCAACUACAUGCAGAAUCCUCUGUCAUUGAAUGGCAUAUUCUAUCGCGUGAAGUGGUCCACCUUAAACUUGUAUUUCUGCUCCUCCUACACCUACCACUCAUUAUUCUUUCAUGCAUGUACUUCAUUACCUAACGUCCGACGCUCUCGAAAAACAAAUAGUGGGUACAACUUGUAACUAUGCGUGCUGACGCUGUGAUUUUACAGCUCGCUGCCGUUUUAGGAUGAACCAUAUCACCUAAGAUGACCAUGACCUACCUGCUCUCGAGUGAGCAGGCAACGUGUGGACCGCAGCUCAGGAGGAUGCACUGUACGAUUUAAGAUGAUGUAGCAGCAUCUACUUUUAUGAAUACGAGUAUAAGUAGAUCACAGAUUGCUCGAGUGAAACUUCAACUCCUGUUGGGGGUGAGGAAACAGGCAAUCUUCGCAAUGCUAUAUUUACAGGUACGCACACCCAGGGUAGAAGGGUGACGCUAGGUACAUUCAGGACGGAGGGGAGGGGGGCAGAAGGAGUAGAAGUAGAAUGAAACUGCAUCAUUAUCUCGCGGCGCCAGUGGGCGGUGGCGAUCGUGAAGCAACUUCAUUAAGGUGGGUCCACGCAUGACGGCCGGCCUUUCUAGUAUUUGAAAUUGCCACUAAAGACAUGACGCAUCACGGAAGUAGGAAGAAGUAGAAGACCUCAAAGACGUCCCGACCUUCACAUGCAAAAGCAGUGAGCAAGCUGUUUUAUUGCACCAACUAAGUUUUAUGCUUCGGAGCAAUCCCUAUCCCAUUUACCUGAU